AUGGCAAGGGCAUCAGCUGGAUCAACUAAGGGGAGGAACUCCUCAGCACCAGGGACACACGUAUCUAUAAGUGGGAUAGUUACACCAGUGGUGGUUACACCAGUGGUGGUUACACCAGUGGUGGUUAUGCCAGUGGUGGCUAUGCCAGUGGUGGUUAUGCCAGUGGUGGCUAUUGGUUAUUCCAAGGGUGGUUAUGCAAGGGGUGGUCAUGCUAGUGGUUAUGCCAGUGGUGGUUACACCAGUGGUGGUUAUGCCAGUGGUGGUUAUGCCAGUGGUGGUUAUGCCAGUGGUGGUUAUGCCAAGGGUGGUUAUGCCAGGGGUGGUCAUGCUAGUGGUUAUGCCAGUGGUGGUUAUGUCAGGGGUGGUUAUACCAGGGGUGGUUAUGCCAGGGGUGGUUAUGCCAGUGGUGGUUAUACCAGUGUUGGUAACGCCAAGGGUGGGAGCAGCCUCUUGGAAAAGAAGGUGCUCAGUGCAGAAUAG